AGCCUUAAACCUCGACUCAAACCACCGGCAUCAGUCACUCCUCUUCACUCCUAACCAGCGAGUAACAGCCAAUGGCGUUCUCCAAGCCCGUGGCGGCUCUCCUCCUCGCCGUGGCGCUGGCAGCGACUGCCAUGUCCGCCGCCGGUCAGGAUCCCCAAAACUGCAAGCCGAGCCGCAAGGUUACGGUGCAGAACCUGUGCGGCAAGGACCUUUACCUCGGCAUCGAGCCGCUGGCCAACAGCAAGCUGCUCUACAGCCCUGGCCACCUGCUCCGCCACGGCACCCACGUGUCGUACGACGUGUGCUCGUGGACGGGGCGCGUGAAGGUGCAGGACGCCGUGGUGACGGAGUUCCACAUCGGGUACGACGGCGGGGCGUGGUACCAGGUGAGCACCGACCAGUCGCACAUGCCCAUCCGUGUCUCCAUCACCCCCCACGGCCACCCCCUGAAAGACCACUGCCCCACCGCCGGCUGCAACAGCGGUGGCCACUGCUUCGAGCACUCCGUCCCCGGCGGCAAGUGCCACGGCGUCGACGAGAUCAAGAUCGUCUACUACAACCCCUAGAUCCAGCUGCUGGGUGUGUUUAAUAAGUUUGCUGCUCGGUGAUCUUAGUCGUACUGCAGCUGCUAGUUAGUUAUCAUCUGCUCCAACGAGCUAUUGUACUGUCGUGUCGCGUUGUGUCGGAUUUGCUGUUCAAUUAGUAGUUGCGGUGGUGAAUGCGUGGCUAGAGAUGUUUCAUGGCCGUGCAAUGAACUGCAUGUCGUCAGCUCUGUAUCCGUCGUUGGUGUGUUGUGUUUUCUAGUUUAUAAAUCUGAUUUACAAUUUGGCUGGGUCA